AUGGCGGAGGUGGCGGUGUAUGUGGAGCUGUGCACGCGUCUGUCACGUUUUGUGCAACUCCAGCCCAGUAGCGCUCAUUGCAAGGAGCUUCAAGAGGUUCUAGACGAGUUGGUGGCUCUCUAUGAACGCGUGGAUGUGCCCGAGAAGCGAGCUGCUCAUACGCCGAUGGUGGGAUUCGCGGCUAUGGACGAUCUGGUAUUGCUCUCGCUGCACAAACUGCUUAGCUCCUUCGUGCUUAAUGCCUCAUCUGUGGCACUUCAAGAACGAGCAUUUAGGGCGUUUGCUAGUGUGCUGCGGCGUUGUAAGCCUCGCAUGCGAGGAGAUAAUCCUGGGCAGGUGCACCGCCGGCUGAGCUUCGUGCAAAGCUGUGUUUUCUAUCUGCCACCACCACCGGAGGCUGAUGAUGAUAACGAAGAAGUUCCGGGCAGUUUGACACUUGCUUCUCAGCCAGAGGAGUUGAGGCUUGCCAUUCUGAAGAGUCUCCUGGAGUUAUUGGAGGACGAAGGGCAAGAAAGGCAGGCAAUGCUGCUUCAAGUGGACCAGCAGCACUUCUUCGCGUACUUAGUAGCGUCGCUGUUGCAUGUAGCACGACGAGAACGGUGUCGAGAAGCUGCAUUGCAAGCGAUUCAGGUGCUUAAGUGCGUGUUGUUCUUCAUUCGCGACCCCCACACCCUCCGACAAUACUUGCCUGGUGUCGCUGCUGGUUUGUGGAAGAGCGCAAAUGCACCGCAACAGGCAUCCAAGGUAGUUGCUGCAGCAUUAAACUGUUUAUCUGCAGCAUUGGAUCUUUGCAUCGGUGAUGAACAUUUGCCAGAAGAUGGAGCAUGGCUGCAGACCACAGCUAUAAAUCUAGAUUUACUGCUUUCCCGGAUGUUCGCGGCCAGCGCCACAGCCGUUGCUGCUGGAACCAGCACUGGCUUACCGCGCUCUUCUUGGCGAGUUCGCUGUGCACUUGCACGACUGUGUGGUACAGUGAUGCUCCAGUGUCGACAAGCGCUCCAAAUCUCUUUCUUUCGAUGUUACGAUGAACUUCUAGUCCUUCGAGGUGAUGCAAUCGCAGAGGUUGCUAACGAAGCGGACAAGGUGCUUCAGAACUUACAAAUGUCGGCGUUGUCUUCCGAAGAGCGUUUACGCGUGUUACCAGAAAUGGCUGAUCGUUUCCAAAUGCUGCUUUCCACUCUUGUGCUCAAAGUUGCGACUGAGCACGAGGCAACUAAAGUUCAUUUUGUGCGCACUCUUCGUGGCUACCUGGCAUUUCUAGGAUCGAGCUUGACCCCGUAUCUCGACGCGUCUAUGGAGAGUAUCUACACCUCUCUGUGUCGUGUGGUAUCAUUUGCUGCGCUUGACAUCGAGCUGGUUGUCCACCAAAAGUUUUCCAGUGAACCACAGGCGGACAAAGGCAACGGUAAUAGUGUCGUGGUCUCACAAUUCCAGAAGAGACUGCGCUACUUCAAUGAGGAAGCGUCAGUUCAAGAUGUGUUGGCGAUGUUGCGCGACAUCGGCGCUGUCUCAACCCCAGCGGGCUUCAUUGACAGCGCUUUCAUGUUAUUAUCUGGGGCUUCCACAGGAUCGGGAAGAGCAGAAGUUGUGCUGGUUUUGAACGAGUUCUUACGCGCUUACUGCUCGAGCGAGGGGAGCAGCAAUGAAACGAUGGAUGUCCAUCUUAUUGGCCGUAUUUUGGAGGAUUUACUGGCGCUGGAGGCUUGGGAAGAGCACAAUUCGCCAUCGAUCCACAGCUCCAGUAGAGCACUUGUAUCGCAGCGUGCGCUCAUGGUUGAAUGUGUCGGUGUGUGUGCCGAAAUCCUUGGCGCUGAGUUUAGGAUAUUCCUGCUGUAUGUGCUGUAUCCGUUAGUUGAACAAUUAGGAUCACACAGUGUGGAAGUGGAGCGUGCCGCUUUAGCUGCGUUGGAGAAGGUCUACUUUUUCACGGGCUACGAAUCCCUCGAGGCCCUUUUCCAGGCCAACAUGGACUACUUCGUGGAUUCUUUAUGCGCUCGGCUUGAACAAUUAGAUGCGUAUCCGAUGACGGCGUACGUCGUGGAGGCAUUACUGCGACACACUCGAUUAGCGUCUUUGCCUCUGGUCCAUGAAGUAGCAUCGUCACUGCUACGUAGCGUUGAUUUAUACCAGGACUCGCCUUACGUCGAUGGUUUAUUACGCGCGCUCAAGAAUCUGCUCGAUAACGACGAGACUGAAAAACAGACUUCGUCUCGCUCUCUUCUGAGCAAUUUCAUUCACGAGAUGAAGGUGUUGGCAAACGAUGGUAUAGAUGCUCUCGAUAUUGAAGCCGACGAAGAGAACGAAUCCGUCCCUGAAACACCAGAAAUGCCAAGUGUGAAAGGUGCGAUGCCGUUGGAGUAUGAUGCAAUUCAGGCCAACACUCGAGAGGACAAUCAAGACAACGAUGAAGACACUUCAGGCUAUCGAGCACUCGUCAUCGAUAUCAUGGACAGAUGUGGCUAUUUCCUGGUGGAAUCCGAUCCAAUCGCGUGCUGUCUGGUGUUAUCUUUGAUCCGGGAGGGUGUGCGAUUCCUCUCACAACACCAAAGACAGCUAUUGCCUCUUGUCGCUCGGAUGUGGCCCGAGUUACUACCUCGACUACGUGUUGAGAACCGCGCGAUCGUAACUAGUACUGUCGGUGUCAUCACCACGUUAGCAGAAACUGCUGGUGACUUUGUCGGAGAGCGCUUUGUGGAGAGCGUGUGGCCCGUGCUGCGGUCUCUAAUGCAAGCUAUCAAUUUCGAGGCUGACGCAAAGUCUUCACGGCUUACGCGCUCCAUGCUGCUGAUAUCAAAGCCACACGAUGACGCGGUGAGUGAAGUAGAAGCACAAACUACUACGGACACUGAACUCAGCGCUGUGAGCGGGACGCGGAAAACGCAAGAGAUUCGUCAACUGCUGACGAUUCUGUCGUGUCUAACCACGGUAUGCCGACAAUCGGAGACGGUGACAAAACUUGUGCCUGAAAUCACACGCGUCUGCAGUAAAUACUUGAGUCGUGCAGCACCACGGGAGAUUGUGGAGCAAACCUCGGAGCUCUUUGCAGCGUUAGUACAGCUGAAUGGUGACGAAGUGUUCUGCACCGUAGCAGCACUAGCGGACUGGAUGCCACCAGCACCUCCGAGUGCGCGUUUCUCGAGAUAUGAACCAGACGCAGUUCAGCGUUUCUAUCGAGGUCAGUUGGCCGAUCUUAGUGCAGAAAUCAAGUAUUGUCGAGACAACGCUAACAUCUUGAUGCAGCGUUUGUUCACUUAA